UCGAUUUCGAUCAGUAUAAAACUCGCGGUUUACCAUCCGAAAGUUUACUUUUUACCGAGCUGUCAAACGUGAUUCCCGCCAAAUCUAGCACUUUUUAAAAAUGAACGCGAAAUUGGCAUAUGCUUUGGCGACUUUCAGCCUUUUGUGCGCUAUGGUGGAUUGUUCGUUUAUAAAAGCCAAUAAUAUACCUAGAGUUGGGAGGAGCAACGAAGCGGACGGCCCGUAUGACCAGGAAAACGGUUACGUUAUAAAAACAAGCAAAAAUAUACCGAGAAUGGGAAGAAGAAACUAUGAUUCUCAAAAUCGCUACGACAUACCGAAAUUCUAUGACUUUCCUCUCGACGGUUUUCAAUCUGAUGAGCCAUCUAGAUACAGUCCGGAGCAGAUUGGGAAAUACUAUGAAUUUCAAAUGGAGAAUAUGAAGAAAUAAAUCGAUUUAAAAUUUCGAAAUCCGAUUGACUAUCGAUGAAAAUGGCGGGCAAUGUGGCAUAACCUG